CCAGCCUGGAAAUGAGAACAUACCAAACAUGAUGUAAGCGAGAAGCAGCCACACUGAGCCGUGGUUCAGUGCACCAGACAGAAGUAUAUCCACAGCUGUGAUUAAAUUGAGAAUAUUUAAACAUGUUUGCUAAAACAGGAAAUGCUGAGUGUAAUAAAAUAUGUAAAGUGUAAAUUAUUAUAAAAGAUUCUCCACGUUUGUUGUUAUGGUAAGAUGAAGCAGUCCCUUUUUAUGUGUACAGUACACAGUAAAAAAAAAAAAGUCUGUGUGCAGAUAUUAAGAAAGGUGUAUAAAUUAGUUUUGCUCCAAAUGUACUGGACUGAGUGGAGCAAAAAGUAUUAGAGGCAGACUUUUAAAAUUUUGUGACUUGUGAAAUGGAACAUUUGUGACGGUGAAACAGUCGUAUUAUAUAUGUGAAAGACUGAAAUUAUCUACAAUUACAAAACUCCUAUAGGAUUUUUCUCUGCAACCCCAACUUCUCGGCUACAAGGCACAAAUACUUUUGCACCAAAAAUACCUUCCCGGUUCCUGAAUGAAAAAGGAGCUGAAGCUGACAAUUGGGAAGGUCAGAUAAAAUAUCACAACUGUUCCUUUAAGUUACAGCGGUUACCGCAGUAAGCCUGGAGAUAUCACGGCGUGUCAAUGGACAUUAACUUCAAAACUUGUCUUCAAAGGAUCAACGUUUGUAAAAGAAAGGCUGAAACCAUCAAUAGCCUUAAAUGGCUAAAAUGUGCAAUUUCCAACCGUCACGAUGAGAAGAAGCACUCGACUACAAUUAUCGGGUUACUACAACUCGGAUGGACUGCCUACCAUCUCCUACAAGGGCUAUUCUUAUGAAGUCUUCAGGGAGCAAAGGAGUUCUAGAUGUGCCAACUUUGGCACAUACUCGAUAGCAGGCACCGUCCCGUGCAUAAACAUGGACAUGGAGAUGGAAAUGGACUCAGAUGCAGAAACCAUUCCAUACGUAGAUAUAGACACGGACUCAGAUGCAGAAACCAUCCCAUAUAUAGACAUGGACAUGGACUCCGAUGCAGAAACCAUCCCAUACAUAGACUCGGACAUAGAUUCUUACACAGAACCCAUCCGUCACCCAGGCUUGAACAUGAACACUGAAGCACGGAUGAUAGCAGAAGAAUUUCACUUUGAAAACAGAAGGAGGACCAUCAUUUGUAGACCAUUCCCCAAAACGAGACACAGGGAGAACAUUUUUUUGUUCUUCAUCACAUGCCUCCUGGUUUUUGUUCUGGCUUACCCGAUUUAUGCCAUGACCUUCCCACUUGAAGAGUCUCCUGCAUCCCUUUUUGCAGAGGACAUGGCUUCCAAUGCAUACUGCAAAGGGAAGAUAAUGGAUCCAAUAGAGCUGAUGAAGACUCUGACAACAAAUGACUACUGUCACCCACCAUAAAUUAGCAGUAGUAUCACAGGACAGGACAUUGCAUUCAGCGACUGAAAUCGCACCUCAAUAUUCUCUGUAGUUUAUAAUUUCUCACUAACUGUGUGUCUGUGUUUUAAGAUGCAAAUCAGAUCCGCACACAGGACAGAGCGAUGGAUAGGUAAGUAUGGAGGUAAGAACGCCUACAUGUGUACUAUCAAGCUGAAAACAUUCAUUCAAACUUGCUGUGUGAAAUCUGUAGUUUUAAAAAAUACCAGCAAAAUCAUUAGAUUUUCACUAUAAAAUUAAUUUUGGAGGGCGUAAAUCUUUACAUUCUUAAAUAUUCAUUAAUAGUUCAAUUGGAAUAAGUUAGCAUCUUUAUUUCAGUAACAAAAAUGAAAUAACUAUUUUUAGUAUUAAUUUGAGAAAGAAAGGGAUGCACAGGGUAACAGCAAGAAGAUCCAGGGUUUAAAUCCCAAUCUGAAGUCUCUGCAUGGAGUUUCCAGGUUCUCCCUGUGCAUAUGUGGGUUCUCUCCAGGUGCUCUGGCUUCCUCCCACAGUGCAAAAUCAUGACUGUUGGUUCAAUUGCUAACUCUAAAUUGCCCUUAGGUGUGUGUGGCUGUGAACUUACAUAGUUCACAGUCACACAAGCUAAUGCUUCAGUUGAUCAGUUUUAUAUGAUUAGUUUCAUAUAAAACUAAUCAAAGAAAUGGAUGUAAACUGUUACAACAGUUUUAUUGAUUCAAAUAACAGUUCAUCAGUGUAAAUCUGUCUUGACUUUGAACACCUAACAUAGCUUUACUUGACUGGUGGUAUUUUCAGUUCCUAGGAGUUUCACAACAUGAGUGAGGAUGUUUUUGUAGUCAGAUUCAGAUCCUCUGUAGGGGUAAUAGAGUGCUUAGAGUUUUUAUAGAGUUUUAGCUUAGCGUGGUGACUAGCAGCAGACCAAACGACUGCAGGAUGCUUUGUCAUCCUCAGAGUAACUGAAUGGGUUUUCUCCAGGUGCUCUGGUUUCCCCCACCCAAAAAAACAAAACAUGGCGACUGAUAUUUUAAAACAUUAGGUUUAGCAAACACCAAAAAUGCAAUAAAGAAAAGGCAUACAUUUAACACAGGUUUGCUAAAUUAUACCUGUAAUUUCAGGACUAAUAGCUAAUGUGCUAAGCUAGACUAAAUUGGGUGAAAAUGCAAAGGGAUAAAUACAAACACAUGUUGAUUUCGCAGGUACAGUGUCUUCUCUCUUCGUAUUAUUCUCCCUUCAUGUGUGUUCAGUAACAUUACACCCUCAUUAACUCUGUGUGUUCUCUUCUUAGCUCCAGAAGCCCUGGUUUGCACCUCCACUCCCCAGCCGGUCGAGGCAGAUGGCCGCCCAUCCUGAGCCUGGUUCUGCUGGAGGUUUCUUCCUGUUAAAAGGGAGUUUUUCCUCCCCACUGUUGCCCAGUGCUUGCCCAGGAUGGGGGAUUGUGUCACAAAAUGACUGCAAUCAGCUGGUUUCUUUAGAUGAAUAAAUUGAAUCAAUUCGAA